GCUGACAGAAAAUGCAGCUGGACUCAACGGCGGCUGCUUCAAAUUCCAGUCAGUUACAGCCGGUUCUUGACUACGUCGGUUAUAGCAGUUGGACGGAAGCGUACGACGCCGCCACAAACCAUGUGCCUUCAUUCAGUGUGUUCUUUCGUGAAAUGUGGGUGUCACUUCUGUAUGCAGGUGGUACGUGGAAUUGUACUGAAAAAGGCUUCGAAGUCGUUGUGACUCCGUUAGACAAUGUGUCUGGUUGGAACAACGUGCUAUUUUUUUCUGCAACUUUCCUUCUCGCGGCUACCCUCACACUGAUCCGCGAUAACCUCUCCCCAAAAAUAUUGUGUUGGGCCAAACAAUGCGGAUUGCGCAACAUCGAUUCAUGCAAGGUUCCGGAAUGUGCUUGGAGGGCCAUAUCACAUGCUAUCUUGUGGGCGUUCUCCUUCUACGUGAUCAUUUGGAGCGGCCGGAACUCUUUCUUUACUCAGCCAUGCACCGUGUGGGAUGGAGUUAUUUGGAAUCCCAAUCUUUAUACGGAACAACAACCGAUCGACUUACAGCUGCUCUACGGGGCCCAACUGGCACACUACUUACAUGGGGCGUAUGCCACACUGUUUAUUGAGGCCUGGCGCUCGGAUACCAUCGCCCUCCUAAUUCAUCAUGUGGUUACAUUAAGCUUGCUGUCUUUCUCCUUCGUGUACAGGUAAAUUCCUUC